AUGUAUGAACCUCCGAAAUUGGUAAUAGGGCGCGCAAAUCCGAAACCAGGGCGUCACAUUGUUAUUCCUACCAAUUCAAUGAAUGAUGAUGAGUAUGAAUAUGUCUAUGAUUACGAUGAAGAGGAGGAUUACGAAGAAGAAGAAUAUUCAGAUGAUCAAUUUCCAGGAGAAGUAGUAAAUAACUUUGAUGAAUCUAACAGUGAACCUAUUAAUAAUGCUGCUACAUCUCCUCGUUUUCAAAUAAGUCCAUCAGGAAAACUUCUUGAUAUUGUAAUCAAACCAAACAAAGCAUUGGUUCCAAACAAGACAGCAAACAUCAUAAAAGAAGGUUCUAACAUUAUUAUUAAGAGUAUUAACAAUGUUGAAGAAAAAGAAUUAAAUAAUAAGCCAAAAUUACCAGAAGGAGUCAGCAUUGUUCUCUCCAAACGUGGAAAAUUAAGUGAGCAACUCGAAUUACAAGAAUACGAGAAGAAAAGAGAAGAAUAUGAAGAACAAAAAAGAAUUAUGGAGGAAAAACUUAACAAUCAAGAUCCAAAUAGACCGAAACCAUCCGAAGUAUUACCUUCUGUUGAACAAAUUGACUUCAAUAACACUUUAACUCUUAAUGAUGAUGAUUAUUUGUUUUUAUGCUCCUUAAAAUCGACAACAAACACAAUCGAAGCUGACAAAAGUAAGCAAAACUUAUCAUCACUCAAGACAAACCUCAAUAUCUCUCGUGCAACUAAAAAAGCUGAUAUAAAAAUCGAAUUACCAGCAGGAGACAAGAAAGCUCAGCUCACUUAUCAACAACGUGCGAAUAUACCUAUAUUUACAAACAGAAAACUCACAACUUCUGAGUUGAAAAAACAUAUUCGCGUAGAAAAGAACGGUGUUGAUCUUUUACAGGAUGAAAUCGAUGUUUUCGACAAUAUUGAUGCCGAAGAAGAGGAAGAGGAGGAAGAAGAAGUAAAAAUCGAUCCAAAAAAGCCGAAAAUUAUUUUACCUUCAGUUCAGCUUCCAAAGAAAGGCGGCGAAGACAUUAUGCACGAGGUAAAUUUAAUUGGCCUCGAUGGCAAAGCCAGAAAUGUGAAAUACAUCAUGCUUCCAAAUCUUAAUGAAACAAAACAGCCAGAGAUCAACGUUUUGCCAAGAAACGAAAUGCAGAUCGAACCAUUAGUACUCAGACAUACAUUCUAUACCGUCAGUGAUCUCAGAAAGAUCAAGGAAGACAUGUUGAAGAAUAAUUUGCUCGCAACUCCUGUUAAGAGGACAUCCGGUCUCGAAACAUUAUACAGACUUCAAGUAGAAAUGAAGAACCCUGCAGCCAUGAAGGAUUACGGAUUUUUCAGACGCGGUACAUUAGAAAUCUCCUAUCAAUCGCUAGAACCAUUACAGCCAGUGAUCAGAACAGCAGUUACAGUUGCAAAGAAUACUCCUGCAGUUCAAGAUUUCCUCAAGAACAAUCAGAAUCAGAACCAACAACAACCGGCAGGUCCGAAAUUGGCCCAACUCCAAACCGUUGUUCAGUUGGCCGACCCACUAGAGCUUAUCAAGACCAGAAAGGAGCAAGACAAGUUCAUUCCAACAGUUUUCGCAAAAGCAGUCGGUUUAUGGGAUGAUAAAUCAGAAGACGCGUUCAAGGCAUUGACAAAGAAGACAUUUAACAGAUUGACAAUCCGAAAUGUCAAAGAAACUCUCGAAUCUUAUUCACCGGAAUUAAAUACAGCGGAAAGAAUCGAUUUCGCUGUUUCAACCUUCGUAAAGAAAGCGAAAGCAGAGCCAUCAUUCGCUCCUACAUACGCACAAUUCGCUGCACAAUGUUCUGUACAAGAAUUUCGUUUACGUGUUGUACAGGACACAAUUAACUCAUUCUUUGAGUUGUUGGCCAACCCUGGAAAGGCAGAAAACGAAAUAGAUGUUCAAGAUGCCGUUGGAGCUUCAUGUUUCUUCGCAUCUCUGAUUGCUGAAGAAGCUACACAAGAAGUUAAUGGCCAAACAGCUAUUAACCAACUUCUUGAAGCAAUAGAGAAGCCAAAUCCGCAUUCAACUCAUAUAGAAAUGCUCAAUAAAUUCAUUCCUUACUCAGGAUACGAAUUCGUAAAGAAAAUCGAUGGUUCGUACUGGAAUCGUAUGGAAUUUCUCUUAAAACGUAACGAUAUCAAGCAAAGAUACAAGUUCUUGAUAACAGAGAUAUUCGAGGCCAAGAACAAGUUAAUGCAGGGCCACGAGAUUGUAGAAACACUGGCGUACGGAAAGAUGACGGAGAACAUGAUCCAAACUGUAAGAGAUUUGUUCAAGGAAUUCAAGGAGAAGAAAGAGUUGCCUGAAAACCAGCUGAUGCCUAAUGAUUUCUUCCAGGCCGCACUCGAAAUCAUCCCAGAAUUUCACCAUACAGAGCAACAUAACUAUUACUGUUUCGUUGCGGACAUGUGUAAGUAUAAUGGUAUUUACGCUGAUGACUGUGUUGAUAUUAUUGCUAACUCUUGCGUCGCGUUCGAAGAAAAAGGACUUCCAAAGACAUAUACUCAAAUUUGGGCAGCGAUUUCGGAUAUUUCUAUCGUUCUAUUUUUGAAAGGAGUCAUAGAAUUGCGUGAUUGUCAGGAAAUCCAUAGAAUUUUCAAUCCAGGAACAUGGAAUUACAAGAACGACAUCAAAUGGUAUCUCUUCGAUCACCACAACUUCGUGAGAUCUCUUCCUGCUCCUGGUCUUGAUGAUGUUGAAAUCAAAACAGCUCUUUCUAUGCCAGAUUUAAUCAGAAUGAGAGAUAUCCAUAUCCCUGUCAUGUCUAGAUUAGUAGCAAUAUCUAUUUGCAGAGCAUUAUGUGCAGCUAUUGAUUCAGAAGCUAUCAUGGCUGUUGACAAAGUUCCAAUCAAAUGGUUGCAAGUUUUUGCUAAAGCUUACAGAUACCAAACUAAGACAGUUAAAGAUGAAUUGGUUAUUUUCAUCAGACACUACUCAGAAAUUCCAUUCAGUGCUGGUGAACUUAUCAGAGAAUUUGCAAUUAUUAGAGUGUAA